AUGAAGAAGAAGAAACCCAAGAAAUCCAAAUCCCCGGCCUCGAAAUCGGCCUCGAAGACCUCUCCGUCGAAGGAUUCCCCGGUCAAAUCCGUGGACUACGAUUCUGAUUCUCCUCAUUCUGAGUUUGUUUCCGACGCCCAUAACGACAUUCAUGCCGAUGUGGUUGCUCAACUUCCUCUGGUGAGUUCAGAUCUGGAUUCUCCGCCGGUUCCUCCAUCAGACCAAGUUGUGAUCGUUGAUUCGUUGACAGAUCCCUCCGGUAAGACAGAGGUCGACCUCCCAAUAGUAUCGUCUUCUGACAAGACAGUGAUCGCUGACCCGUCGGCUGAUCCAUCUUCUGUUCAAGAGGUGAUUCCAAUGAUUCUACUCGAGUCGAGCUCUGUGAUUCAAACCACUUGCUCCUCGGUUCUGCCCUCGAAUAGUCUUCAAACCACUAACGACGGCUCCCACCUUGAACCGGCGGUUCAAGCUCCCAUUGCUGAAGCCGAGAAGAAAUCCUCGUGCUCGCAUCUUGCUGAGGCCUUAGACAACACUGUCACCCCCAGUGUCGUACCUGAAGAGGGUGUGGUUCCUUCUUAUAAGGACAAGCUAAUCAAACCAGUGCCCACGGCAACUUCGUCUGACACCUGGUGUGACCACGCCAAGGGUGUGGGUAAACGUCUGUCCAAAAAGGGUGAACCUUUCACGCUCCCAUCGGGUGAAGCUUGUAUCCAAAUCCCUAACUCCGUUAUUGAGAAGCAUAGGAAGUCUUGGGAGCCGUUUGUGAUCGGCCAGUUCUAUUCAGAUCCGCCCUCUCAAGGCACCUUGCAUAAUAUAGUGAAUGGAAUAUGGAGUAAGCAAUAUCGUGACAUUGCGGUCUCCAAGAUGGAAGGGUUCUCUUUUCUGUUCCGGAUUCCUCACGCAGCAACAAGGAGCAGAGUGAUUAAGCAAAAGCUCUGGCAAAUAGAAGGCCAGACUAUGUUUGUUGACAAGUGGGAGCCAGGAACUGUACCGGAGAAGCCUGAGCUCACUUCUGCCCCAAUAUGGCUCGAGCUGCGGAAAGUUCCAUUUCAGUUCUUCAAUGAAGAUGGACUUGAGAGAAUCGCAGGGUUGGUGGGGCAUCCUAAGUUCCUUCAUCCUACGACUGCAAAUAAAACCAAUCUUGAGGUGGCAAAGGUCUUCACCAUUAUUGAUCCGAGGAAACCGCUCCCGGAAGCGGUAAAUGUCCAAUUCCAGUCUGGUGAAAUAAGCAGAGUUCUGGUUUCCUGCCCCUGGAUGCCACCGGUGUGUGAAACCUGUAAGGAAAUUGGUCACAUCUCCAAGCGGUGCCCACAACUCCCUAAGGCCUGCUCUUUAUGUAAGUCUACGGAACAUGCUAGUAUAAAUUGCCCGGCAAAAUCCAAACAGGAGACGAGGGGAAGGAAAACUAGGCGAAGCAAGUCUAGAGGCAAACAAAAGUGGGUGGUGGCUGCCCCUCCAAUCCCCAGUCAGCAGCAAGAUCAGGCUGAUAAGCUAGGUACUGAUGGGAUUUUGGUAUCACACAAGGGCGAUCCCCAUAUCCAGAAUUGCCACCUUGAGCUCUCUCUUCAGACAAAACUGGGUACUAGAGAGGAUAGAGCCGUGGGAGAAUCCAGUGGAGCUCGGGCUACUCCCCCAGAAGCCACUCCCCACCUCAAAGCCGCAUUGCAAAGAAGUGGAUCCCGUACCUCUCAUGCUUCCCACUCCGAUGUGCAGCCUGAUUCCUCUGACGUUGAAUCAUCUGAUCCUGAGUUGGAAGAGGGGGAAUUUAGUAUGCACGAGCCUGACUUUGAGGUCGUGCGCCCCAGGAAGAUGAUCUGCGCUGAAGUCUCUUGGCCAUCUGUUCCUUCAAAGAUUUUCAUCUCUGUGGUUUAUGCUUCGAAUGAUGUUGAUGAGCGCGAGGGCCUCUGGAGGGAGCUCUCUUCCCUGGCUAUCUCUCUUGAUCUGAACUCAAAGCCCUGGUUGAUCCUUGGUGACUUCAACCAAAUUAGGGACCCUUUGGAGCACUCAAAGCCGGUAACCUUGAAUAUGGAUAAGAGGUGCAGAGACUUCAACCAAUGCCUAUCUGAUAUUGAUGUUGAAGAUCUCAACUUCCGGGGUUCAACAUUCACUUGGUGGAAUAAACGCAAGAAUGCUCCAGUAGCUAAGAAGCUGGAUCGUUGUCUAGUGAACGAUGAUUGGUACUUUCUGUUUCCAUCAUCAGUGGUAUUUUUUGGUAGUCCGGACUUCUCUGAUCACUCAGUAGCUUCUGUCUCCUUAGAGCCGACUCGUGCCAAGCUUAAAAAGCCAUUUCGGUUCUACAACUUCCUCACGCUCAACCCUGAGUUCUUACCGAUGAUCUGCUCAAACUGGUUCUCCUUCAAUGUCACGGGCUCUGCAAUGUUUAGACUGUCAAGGAAACUUAAGCUGCUCAAGAAGUGUAUCAGGGAUUUCAGUCGCUGCAACUACUCUGGGAUUGAAAAAAAGACGGCUCAGGCGCAUGACAAGCUACUCCUGGCCCAGUCUGCAACAUUAACUUUACCAAACUUGAUCAAUGCCGCUGCUGAGAUCCAAGCCUACAAAGAAUGGGAAGAACUUUCAAAUGCUGAAGCGGCUUUUUUCUUCCAGCGCUGCAGCAUUAAAUGGCUGGCUCUCGGGGAUGGUAACUCAAGGCUGUUCCACAGAUAUGCUGAGUCCAGACAGGCUGUUAACCACAUCCACUUCCUGGUGGGAGACUCAGGAAACCGCAUAGAGGAUCAAAUGGGCAUUCAGCAGUUGUGUGUAGAUUACUUCUCAAACCUCCUCGGAGGCCCGGUGUCUCACCCCCUGUUUCAACAAGCAGAUCUCGACCUUCUAUUUGAUUUUAGGUGUACUGCUGAUCAAGCUGCGGUUUUUGAGAAGAAAUUCACUCCAGAGGAAAUUAGAAACGCCUUCUUCUCAAUGCCCAAAAACAAGACGGGAGGACCUGACGGCUACUCUGCGGAAUUCUUCAUAGCAACGUGGUCGAUUAUUGGCCCGGAAGUAACUGAUGCUAUCUUAGAGUUCUUUGAGUCUGGCUGCCUCCUCAAGCAGUGGAACUCGGCUUCUCUUGUGCUCAUCCCAAAGAUCCCAAACGCCUCAAGCACCUCUGAUUUCAGACCUAUUUCAUGCCUCAACACAGUCUAUAAGGUUAUAUCUAAACUUCUGGCUUCAAGGCUGCUUGACAUUCUACCACUCAUGAUCUCAAAGUCACAAUCGGCGUUUCUUCCGGGGAGGCUCCUUGCGGAGAAUGUUCUUCUCGCAACCGACCUAGUAAAUGGCUACAACACUCAAACCUCCUCCCCCCGUGGUAUGCUUAAAGUGGAUUUGCGAAAGGCUUUCGAUUGCCUUAGAUGGGAUUUUAUCUUGGCCUCCCUCCGUGCACUAGCGAUUCCGGAAUCUUACAUCAGCCUUAUCUCCGAGUGUCUUACGACCGCGUCUUUCUCGGUCUGCGUUAAUGGGGCUUCUGGUGGUUUCUUCAAGAGCACGAAAGGGAUCCGGCAGGGAGAUCCCUUAUCACCUUAUCUGUUCGUCCUUGCCAUGGAAAGUCUAUCUCGUCUACUAGCUGCGCGCUAUGAAUCAGGCCUUAUAGGCUAUCACCCGAAGACAGAGCAGCUGAAGAUCUCUCACCUUAUGUUCGCAGAUGAUGUGAUGCUAUUUUUUGAUGGAAGUGGAAACAGCUUACAUGGAAUCUCUGAAUGUCUGGAUGAUUUCGCUUCUUGGUCGGGCUUACAAAUGAAUAUGUCCAAGACUGAGUUAUUCACCUCGGGAUUAGACCAACGUGAAACCGCAACCAUGGCCUGUUAUGGUUUCACCUCUGGUGCUCUCCCUAUACGAUAUCUCGGGCUUCCCCUUAUGGCGCGCAAGCUUAAAAUCUCAGAGUACUCCCCGUUGAUAAACAAGAUCACCGCGAGGAUGAGAGCAUGGUCUGUCAAACUUUUAUCUUUCGCUGGGCGCCUUCAGUUAUUGAAAACAGUCAUCUUUGGCACUGUAAACUUCUGGACCUCAGCAUUCAUGCUUCCCAAAGGCUGUAUUAAGGCUAUUGAAUCCUUGUGUUCAAAGUUUCUUUGGUCUGGCAACUUAGACAAGAGGGGUAUCGCAAAGGUUGACUGGCUAACUGUUUGUCUACCCAAAGAAGAAGGGGGUCUUGGUCUACGUAAUUUGUUGGUGUGGAACCAGGUUCAGUGUCUUAAGUUCAUAUGGAUUUUGCUAUCUUCUACUACAUCACUAUGGGCGGAUUGGCAUAGAAACAUCCACCUGUCGACGCGAUCCUUUUGGACCUUAAGCCCCUCUCAAUCGGACUCUUGGGUUUGGAAGCGACUGCUCAAGCUUCGCCCUCUGGCCGCUCAAUUCUGCUUCUCUGUUUUGGGGAAUGGCAAAAAGACUAGCUUCUGGUACGAUACUUGGACUCCUUUCGGGCAACUUAUCACCUACAUUGGACCUGCGGGUCCGAGAGCGCUGAGAGUCCGUAAAGAUGCACACGUCGCAGACACGAUCAGAGAAGCCACUUGGUCCCUGCCUCAUCCGAGAUCCCAGCAGGAAGUGGACCUCCACACACACCUCACUACUAUAUCUCUGCCUUUAAACUCUGAUAUUGAUGAUGUUUAUAUUUGGAUUGCUGGUGAUUCCUCUUUGAAUGUUUUCAGCUCGGCUGCAACAUGGGAGGUGAUGAGACCAAGGCAAGAUGCAAAGGACUGGUUUGAGGUUGUAUGGUUCAAAGGUGCUGUCCCAAAACUGGCCUUCAACAUGUGGAUAGCGAACGCGGACAGGUUACCAACAAUGUCUAGACUGGCAUCAUGGGGCAUUCCGGUCUCCCCUAACUGCGCUCUAUGUUCAUCAUCAUCUGUUGAAACGAGAGAUCACCUAAUGCUCUCCUGUCAUUUUACUGCUAACAUUUGGAGAGAGGUCUUCAUCAGAUGCCACCCGCCAAGAACAAUGAUCACGGAUUGGGCAGAGCUCCUCUCUUGGAUCCGAAGUCCAGUUUCCUCACCCCUUUCUCUGUUAAGGAAGAUAGCUGUGCAGUCAGUUAUUUACCAUGUUUGGAAGCAGAGAAACAAUAUGGUCCACAACCAGAAAUCAGUUACACCGUCUAUUGUGUUUCAGGGUAUAGACAGGGAGAUCAGAAACAUCAUUUCCUCCAGGAGACACAACAAGCGCUUCAGGCCUCUCAUGACCCUUUGGUUGAGAUAA